AUGACUCCCAAUAAUUUGAAUGAUGUUAUAAAUUCAAAAGAUUUCAAUGAUUUUGAAGAUGGGAACACACCAAAUCCCAAGUCAUGUCUCAAAUAGAUCAAAAAAUUAGACAUUCUUUCUUAAUUCGACGAGUUGAAGAAGUAAGAUUAAAUUGAUGAUUUACAAACUGAAAUUAGUUCUCAAAAAGAUUUAAAUAAAGACAAUCUUUAAAAUGAAAAAUAUAUCAUUGUAAGCAAAUUCAAAGAACAUUAGGAGGAGGAUGAGGAAGAAGUAACGAAAUUAAACAUAUCAUAGAUAUCUAUCAAUCUUGAUGAUUUGGAAGAUUUCUAAUGUACUUAUAAGGAAUAGAGAUCAUAAGACAUUUCGGUUUUCGAUUAAAUCAGCAUUUGA